AUGGCGUCGGAGGCGGCGAGGGACUUCUUUGGUGGCACGCUGGGCGGCAUGACCGGCAUCCUUGCCGGACAUCCGCUCGACACUGCCAAGACAAGACUCCAAGCCAUGCCGCAGUUUGACAAAAGCAGCACCCAACGGGUUCUGGUCGAGACCGUGCGUGGAGAGGGCAUGCGGGCUCUGUACAAAGGAAUUUCGUUCCCCUUCUGCAGCACGGCGCUCAUCAAUGCCGUGGUCUUCAGCGUUCAGGGCAUCUCGGAGCGCACUUUGCGCGCUGUUUUCUCUGAUGACCGCCCCCAGCUUACAGGCUUCUUGGGUGGCUGCAUUGCUGGCUUAGCUCAGAGCCCACUGGUUUGUGCAGUUGACCUGGUCAAGACGCAGAGACAGGUUCAGAUGGGCUGGGCCGGCGAAAGGCCGCUGCAGAUCUUUAGGAACCGCAUCCGACACCUUGGUUUCCGCCAGGGUGCCUUGCAGGGCUUGGGGCCCACGGCAGUGAAGGAAUGCCCUUCGUACGGUGUAUAUUUCCUGGUGUACGAGGAAUCCAAGAGCUUACUGGACCCCAAGCUGCCUGUGGUGGUUUCAACCUUAUGUGCUGGCGGCCUAGCUGGCUGCUUCGCGCUGGGCAUGAUCCACCCAGUGGAUGUGGUGAAGGCCCGCAUCCAAGCGCUGCCUACGUCCGCCACUUCGCAGGAACGCGAGCCCUGGCACGCCAUCUCUACAGGCUUCUCUCGAGAGGGGACCACUUUCUUCCUACGUGGCUUUGGAGCCGCCAUGGCACGGGCCUUUGUGGUCAAUGCCGCGACUUUUGGAGGGUACGAAGCCGCUGUCGCUGCCUGGGACGCUUUAUGA